AUGUGUCUUGAUGAUGGAUGUGGUGAAGCUCUUGACCGUAUUUAUGAACGUCUGGAUGCAUUGGAUGCAUCGACUGCUGAAAAAACGAGCUGUGAGAUCUUAUUUGGUCUUGGCUUUAACAAGAAAAUGCAAGAAAAGAAAACACGUGACUUUUCUGGUGGGUGGAGGAUGAGUAUUGCUAUGGCAAGAGCUCUUUUCAUGAACCCUACUGUAUUGUUGCUUGAUGAACCUACAAAUCAUCAUGAUGUGCUAAAACAGAAACCUCUUAAGCACAUCCAGCUUCCUUUCAUAUUUCAGAAGCAAGAAUCCUUGCAAGGAUGGAGAAUGCCUGACAAAGAUUUAAAUGGUUUGUUGAAGAGGAAACUCAAGGUGCCUGUUCGGCCCUCCUGUUGCUCUAACUGGGUCGUCGUUCAGUGA